AUUCAACAAAUUCAAUAUUAUUUCAGUCGCCGUUUUUCUAUAAAGGAGGGAGUAUUGUAGCAAGGAAAGAUAUCGAGAGACCUUCCACCACAGAUAUGCUUGAUGAUCCUUACACGCUGUAUGUCAAUUUAAACAAUAACAAAAGAGCUGUGGGUACACUGUAUAUAGACGAUUUUUCAAGUUUCAAUUACAGUAUGAAUAAUCAUUACAACUAUAUUCGUUUCACCUAUGACCACAGCAACGGAGAAGUACAUACAGAAACCAUCGGUGGUGACCCUAAAGGUUUCGAUGUCCAUGUUGACAAGAUAAUCCUCAGUGAACCAGCGGUUUCAGGUAGUCAAAUCUACAGGAAAGAAAUUUUCGUCAAGGAGACUGAACAUCGCGGAGAAGUCAAGAUUUUCAAACUGAAAUAAUUAUUUCGAAGUAUAAUAUCUUCUGGAAUCUGAUGUCAAUCAAUAAAGCUAUCAACUAAUUUCGUGGAAGAA